AUGUCACUUUUACUACGUGUUGGCCGCGCAUUUUAUCGCAUCCUGGUAGAUUACUGCAACAAUGCUUCGCUGGCCGGUAUCGGUUACAUCGUCAACCGCCGGUACCACUGGAUGGAGCGACUGUUCUGGAUCGUUUGCAGCCUGAUUGCGUGGAUUUUCGCGGUACAGCUGAUACUGGCCUAUAUGGACCUGUUUCGCAAGGACACUAUCAGCAUUGCGGUGGAAAACAUAGACACACGAACCGAUCCGAUCGUAUUUCCAACCGUCGGUGUCUGCGAGAUGGGGUACGUGAAGCAAAGUUACCCACGGUUGGAAUCGUUCAUCGAAGGUUUGAAGGAGCACAGCGACAUGGAGUACAGUUACGACGUGGAAGACUUUAUGCUACGAGUCGUCUUUCACAACUUGUACAAUGUCGGUACGAUUACGAGCUUCUGUGCAAUGUACGAGGAUUGUGAGGAAUGCAUCAAAUGUCCCAAAGAUGGGUACAGUCGUGCUGCGGCUGUAGUGCGGGCGAACUGUAGUGAAAUUUUCGCCGAGUGUCGUUGGAACGAACAACCGUUCGAUUGUUGUCGUUAUUUUAAACCCAUCGAAACGACGCUUGGGAUGUGCUUUUUGCUCAAUUCCGUACAUACGGUUGAGAAGUAA